AAUAAUUGUUAAUGGAGAAACAUUCAGAUAGUUGGUAACAGUGCUAUAAGAGUAUUAUAUAAUUUGCACUGGGGAGAGUUUGUAUUGAUAGUGCAUGGUUUGUUAAACAUUGUACUUUCAACUAGAAAGAGUUUGCGAAAACAUGAACUUGGAGUAUGAAUGAACAAGCUGAUGUGUUGGAAUAAAUGUUUUGUGUAUUGGGAAAUAUUGCAGGAUGGAGUAACACCCAGAAUGACUUGAUUGACUUGUGAGAGUUGAAGGAAUACACAGCUCCUUAUAAAUGCAGGCACAAACAGGCCCUGUGAUGGACAGUAAUUAUAAUUAUAGACCAAAAGGUCAAGGUCAGUCACAGAGAAAAAGAUGUCUGAAGGACAAUCGCAUGAAUAGUAGUCCAGGCAGUUGUUCAUCAGAUGAAGAAUUCCAUUCUGAUGACAAUUUACGUCCUUACGAGGAGGUGAAGGUCGCACACCAGGACAAAAAGCUCAAUGGGUUAGGUCUAACCCCUGAAGAGCAUGUUGAGCUAACAGCCAUGGACCAAAAGGUUCACAUGAUGUGUUCCAAAAAUAACAACAAAACCCCUCGCUUCUACACAUACCGAGAGGGUUCCGAGGGGGAAGAAUCGGAACAGAAUCUCUCCGUGUCCACAAAACACGCCUCCCUUAGUGUCAAUCAUCAGGGGUCACAGUGCUCAAUUUCAUCCAAUGAAAUGGACAAUAUGCAUUCUAUGCGAAAUGAAGUUGUAUCCAGAUCAGACUCUGACCCCGACAACCAAAAUCACCAUGUUCACUCACCGCAUGGCCAAAAUAAAUUCCAUCAUGCAGCUACAGCACCAGGGGGUCUACCACCCUGUUUCAACCCCCCUCCACCACCACCACCCAUAGAAGACAUUCCACAUCAAACAACAGUGCCACAGAGGCUCAACAGAUGUAUGGGGCCGUCAUAUCGAGGAACCUACUCGGACGCUGACAUGUGUCAAUGUCGCGGACAUUUUGUGGACUCAAACACUGCAUUAUUGCACAAUCAUCACAAUGUAAGGGGACAUUACUCAGACACUGAGAACCCCUAUCAUAGAGGACACUCGUGCUCAGAUAGUGAACAUUAUCAUCAGGUGCGACCUUGUGUUUAUUCUGGGGAGGAGAGUGAUUUUGAACCCCAUUAUUUGGAGCAGACUGCCUCAGGCAAUGUCUUCAUUCCAGAUGGACAACCUCGGUUUCCACGCACAGUGCCAAGGUCAGGGUCAGUGCCAAUGUCAAGGUCAGGAGAGCUAGUCAGUCCACAACCCAUCAGACCACAGUGUUCCAACACAGUCCCCAGUCACUUCCUUAAUGGGGAGCAUCACAAUUCAGAGAGGCAGGCCUUUCUCCCGCAUGGUCAGUGUGGAUACCCCGCCAAUAUGACAUCACCACCCCGUUCUCAUGACUGCGGCUACACAAAGUUUGGCAAUACUCCCCACUACAUGAAAAAGAAGUUAAAGAGGUGGAGCUGGAAAUGGGCUGCCUUAAUUCUAGUCAUUAUUUGUGUGGGACUUCUGGCUGCCACGACAUAUUUUGCAGCUCAUUUGACAUUUGAGAAAAAGGAGAAAAAAGAGGAAGUACCUGGUGCCUUAAACCACACAGUUUUAAAGUUCACCCAGACCCCCUUCUAUCUAGACGGUAGUAGACCCACCUAUACAACAAUUCCUCCUUUAACCCUGUGGCAGACAUACUUCAAUCAAAAAGAUUCCAAGUUUGUCAAGUUUGAUUUCACCAUUCCAAGCAGUGCUCGCCUGGCGAUCUACGGCAGACGGAACUUCCCUCCGACCAUUGCUCAGUUUGAUUUUUACCAGGUGUAUGAUGGGAGUACCAUUAAAGACCCUUCAGCUCAAACAAUGAGAAACAGGUAUAAACGAUCAUUACCUGACAAGCAGACAGCACUAGUACAGUUGAUGGAGAAGGGCAAGUGGUACAUUACAAUAUACAAUGAUCGGGAUCAACCGCAGGAAAUAGGUGUCUCUAGGACGACCAUUGACUCUAUGGGAUCUAGUUGUGAGAGUGACUGUUUUGGACAUGGACUCUGUGAUAAUCAGGGGAGGUGUCAAUGUUUUAAUGGAUAUCGAGGACCAUACUGCUCAGAACGUGAGUGUCCUCGUCUGUGUAAUGGACAGGGAGAGUACAGACAGGGAGUAUGUGUAUGUCACGAAGGGUGGAAAGGUCCGGAGUGUGACACCCCAGCCAACAAAUGUGAGAACCCCACAUGUAACAACAGGGGGCGCUGUGUGGACGGUCAGUGUCAGUGUGACAAGGGAUUCACUGGACCCCACUGUGGUAUAGUGACCUGUAUUGAUCCUAGUUGCUCUGGUAAUGGGCUUUGUCACCUGGGUAAAUGUGUCUGCUAUAAGGGGUUCAAGGGAGACAACUGUCAAUUACCCGACAAACUUAACCUGACCCACCUCUGUGCCCGGGACUGCUCGGGGCAUGGGCAGUUUGACUGGGACAUGGGCCAGUGCAUCUGUCAUCGAUUCUUCACGGGCCAGGACUGUGAGCAAGAAAUGUGUCGACUACGAUGUAUAAAUGGACGCUGCCACAAUCAGAGGUGUGUGUGUGACAAGGGAUGGGGAGGAGUUUUGUGUGACACACGUAACUGUGACCCACGCUGUGACGGUGUGAAAGGCCAGUGUGACAAAGGGACUUGUAUCUGUCGAACAGGCUGGAACGGAAAACACUGCACCAUAGAUGGGUGUCCAAAUGGUUGCAGUAACCAUGGAAACUGUCGUCGCUAUGGUAACAGUGGAUAUAAAUGUGACUGUCAUGCUGGUUGGAAGGGGAGUGGAUGUAACAUAGCCAUGGAGAUGAUGUGUUCCAACAAUAAAGAUGAUGACAAUGAUGGUCUGAGUGAUUGUCUUGACCCCGACUGCUGCUCCAGUGCGGCCUGUACGAGGAGUCCGUUCUGUCAGACUGUACAGGACCCUGCUGAGAUUCUGCUUCAGAAACCCAAACCAAGCUCCACUGCCUCCUUCUUCAAGAAGAUGAAAUUUCUGAUUGACAACAACAGUAUACAGAAGGAGACAUCAAAGAAUGCAUUUAAUGAAAGCCAGGUGUCAGUAAUACGUGGGCACGUAGAGACAAGGGACGGUACUCCAUUAGUGGGGGUUAGAGUCAACGUCAGGAUUCAGCCUCUGUACGGCCACACUCUUACCAGGAACGAUGGAAUGUUUGACAUUCUUGUGAAUGGAGGAGGAUCUGUCACCUUGGAAUUUACACGGCAACCAUUUCAGUCUCACACCAUUAGUGUGUCGGUACCAUGGAAACAGAUUAUAACCAUGGAGACCGUCAUCAUGGAUCUUCAGUCCGGUGACUUCUCAGAGCCUGACCCCUCUUUGUGUGGAGUGGGGCAUGACCACCAUAGCAUGAAACCUAUUGUCUUGUCCACAUGGCAACACACUCAACUAGGGGCAUGUCCAGAAAAAAGCACUCUCAUUCCAGAGUCUCAGGUGUUACAGGAGAGUGUAGAAGUGCCAGGUACCAAUGUUCAUCUUGUCUACCACAGCAGCGAGACGGAAGGAUACAAGUCAGUUAUCCUCAUCCAGAUGACCCCAGAUACUAUCCCAACAAACCUAGCCUUGGUUCAUCUCAAAGUCUACGUCCAAGGUGUAGAAACUGUCAAGGUAUUUGAGGCAGAUCCAGGCCUUAAGUAUACAUUCUCCUGGGACAGGAUUAAUGCGUACAGACAGAAGGUUUAUGGGAUUGUACCAGUGAAGGUCCACGUGGGAUAUGAGUAUAAGGGCUGUACCUAUGUGUUUUGGGAGGUCAGGAGUACUACCAUGACUGGCUUUGAUCUGACAUCAUCUGAGAUAGGAGGCUGGAAUCUGGACAUCCAUCACACCUACAACUUCCAGGAAGGUAUCCUUCACAAGGGAGAUGGGAGUAACAUUUACCUGAAGGAGAAACCCCAGGAACUGGUCUGUAUCCUUGGUAACGGUAUACAACGGAAGCUAGACUGUGCCCUAUGUAACGGUGAUGCCUCUAACAAUCAGGUGCGUGCUCCUGUAGCCCUGGCCAGUGGCAGUGAUGGAAGUUUGUAUAUCUGGGACGACAACUUCAUCAGGAAACUCUCUCCCGGCCGUACCGAGAUUGUCAGUAUCCUUAAAACAGACUCUGUAUUUCACAAGACAUACAUGACAGUGAGCCCGGUGAAUGGGAAAUUAUACAUCUCUGACUACAUGAAUCACCGAGUCAUCCAAAUUGCCACAAUGGGGCCUGUCCAGAAUCUAGAACAAAACUUCAAGGUCAUUGCUGGCAAUGGGGAGGAGUGCUCCACAGGACUGCUAGAUGAGUGUGGGGAUGGCGGACUGGCCAUUCAGGCCAGACUGCUCGGACCCAAAGGUAUUGCUAUUAACAAGGAGGGAGUGAUUUACAUAGCAGACAACCUCAACAUCAGGCAGAUUUCUGCCACAGGUAUUAUCACAACUCUGAUUGGCUCACACAACCAACUCAGGACACAAGAGCCUAUGUCAUGUGACCAUAGCAGACCAGCAAGUCAGGUUCAGUUACAUUGGCCAACAGCUCUAGCCAUUGACCCACUGGAUGAUUCUCUCCACAUUCUGGAUAAAAAUGUCAUCCUGAAGCUGACCAAAGACAAUUACAUAGUGACCAUUGCUGGACGACCCAGUAACUGUCCAAUCAGGAGUGUAAACUCCCUGCUGUCUGGAAUACUUUCAGAUGAGGAAGAGGCUUCAGGUAUAGCUGCUGAAGUCAGACUUGUGGAUGCUCAAAGCAUCACAUUCGGUCCUCACGGAGAAAUCCACGUGGUGGAGAGUGACCAACAUAGGAUAAACCGAGUGCGUGUAAUCACUUCUGAUGGAAGGAUUCAUCACUUUGCUGGCUCUAAAUCCAAGUGCGACUGCAAAUCCAAGACCUGUCUAUGUUAUGAUGCAAAGGAGACUUUAGCAGCCCAGGCACUAUUUAAUUCCCUUACUUCUAUCACUGUGACACCAGAUGGCAUUGUUCACAUUGCAGACAAUGGAAACUUACGUGUGUUCUCUAUUAUGUCCAAGCUUCCUCAACCAGAUGCUAAUAGAAAGUAUAAAGUCUACUCUCCAGACACCAAAGAGAUGUACAUAUUCAACGACCAUGGUCAACAUCAACAAACAGUGGACAUCAUGACUGGGCAGUACAUGUAUAACUUCACAUACAAUGUCAACUCCUUCUUUAGUAAGCUUGUGUCUGUCACUGAUGAUAUCAAAAACAUGAUAGAGCUGACACGUGACAGCAAUCUCCAGGUCACACAGGUCAUCUCCCCUGGCAACCAACGAUCCAAAGUGGAAAUGAACAACCUACACCGACUUCAGAGGUUUACAUCCCCAAAUAACAAUUCUAUUUCAUUUACGUAUAAAGGAACCUCGGGCUUACUGGAGUCUAAGUACCUCAGUAAUGGUCAAAGUUAUUACUAUAACUACAAUGACAAGGGGAGACUGAUGGAGACCCGGCAACCUACAGGAGAGAUAACCUCCCUAGUUACUGACAUCAACACAACAGGGUCAAUUGUCAGGGUCAACACAGACAGUAGUGAUGUCAUCUCUAUGGCAACCUAUGGCAGUGUGCAGUCAGUCAUGCAUGUGAAAAUCUCUCAGGGUGCAGCAGAGACCCAGGUGACUUAUCUACCAGAUGGAGGGGUGGUCGUCAUGUAUCCCACCAAUAUGUCCAUAACCAUUGAAUCUGGUGGACACCCUGUCUUGUCCAACCAACAUAGAAUGCACUUCAAACGGAAGAUAAUUGGUCCAAACAAGCUUGUACACAAACUGGAGUGGAGAUUCUAUGCCCGUCGUCGGUAUAGUCCUUCCUGUGGGCGUAAGACCCUACAGAGACUAGGCAGUAAAAUGAGGGUAGGGGAGUCCCGCCCGCAUGUUAGCAUGUCUGACUCGCCUGACAUGUCCUCCAGAGGCGAGGCCAAAGCCCUCAGGAUAAAUGGAGUGAAUCUUUUGUCUGUGGAGUAUGACCGUCUAAACCAUACAGAGAGCAUCCUUAACAAAGAUUCUCAAAACAUCUUGUGGAUUAUGUAUGAUGACAGCGGCCUACCCGUCCAGUUCCUGCCAUGUAGUGAGCAUCAUGCAAUGAACAUCACUUAUAACCAGCGGGGACAGAUCACGCACUGGCAGUACGGAGAAAUGUGGGAGGAUCUGAACUAUAACAGGGAUGGACUACUGCUGGAGCGAUCAAGAUCAGGGACUGUCCAGUACCGUUUUAACUACAGAUAUGGAAAGUCAUCGCCAACAGACAUUGUAAUGCCUAGCGGUAAACAGUACUACUUGGAGUACAACAGUCUUGGAGAACUAGAGAAGAUUCGAACCCCUGACCUUGGUUACCACCAUUUUAAUCACAUCAUCUCUAUUGGGAAGCAACGCUACCUUUACCAUAUACCAGGUCUGUCAUAUCCUUACUCCGAGGAAUAUGAUGGUAAUGGAAAACUCCUAAUGGUAGUUUAUCCCAGUGAACAGAGGCGUGUAGCAUACCGUUAUAACAGCUACUCACAACCCACAACUGUCUUGUUUGAUGAGACACAGGUGGAACUGGAAUACAAAGAGCAGAUCUUAAAACUGUCCCAAUCCACCAUCUCUAGUGGACCUUACAGCUGUGUGGAGACGUACGGUUACUCGGGAUCACUAGUGUCCAGCUAUGACAUGACAUUCCCAAAAGACGAUAAAUUAAUUACCGGAUCAUUUUCCUACGACUAUGAUGAUAACUUCAGGAUUACAAAGAUUGACGCAGCUUUUGGAGUGCGCAUUAAUGGAACUAGCACAAGUUAUACGUAUGAUACUAACACAGGCAAACUUAAGACACUAGGACCAUUGAACUUAACAUUCAGAACAAUGUAUGAUUCUGAGACAAUAUCAGAUAAGUAUGUAACAGUAACUCGCAGUUAUGAUAAAUAUGGACGGGUUGAAAACACAAAGUAUCGAUUUGAUAGAGACAGUGUGCUGACCUUAAAAGUCGGUUACGAUGUUUAUAACAGAAUCCACAGAUGGCAGAGGAAUGUUAAUGGUGAAGAAAUUAAAUACAUGUACAUGUAUGAUAAAGACAGUAAUAUAAUAGAAGUCUUCAUCAAUGGGCAGUCUGCCUGGAGAUUUAGCUAUAGUAACAAUGGAAACAUAAACCGUGUGACGGAAGACGGAAUUCCAAAGGACCUGGAAUACGACACGGGAGACCGCAUCAUCAAGUCAGGCAACAAACAGUACAAGUUUGACGAGGAUGGAUUCAUGGCUAAGAGACAUGAUCAAGAUCUUAAGUUUAAUUCCAAUGGACAGCUGAUGUAUGUUGCUAAGACUGGAAAAUACCGCUACUUUUACUUCUAUGAUUCCUUUGGAAAGUUAGUUCUAAUGGAAUCUAAUGGAGGAGAAACAAUGCAGUACUUCUACAGUGAUGUUUCAAAUCCAGAUCGCAUUACCCACACGUACAACAGAACCUCCUCAGUGGUCACUGAGUACAUUUACGAGCCCAGCGGCAACCUGAUAGCCAUGAAACGAGGCGGAGCGGUGUACUACAUUGCUUGUGACCCCAUGGGCUCACCAAUAGCAGUAAUGAACAAGCAAGGCCAUAUCAUUAAGUCUAUUGUCUAUGAUCCUCUUGGUAGGAUGGAAAACGACACCAAUCCUAAUUUUGAGUUCAGUUUUGGAUUCCAGGGAGGGUUAUACAACCCUGUCACAGAGCUAGUCAUCUUUAGGAGCCGUGUCUAUGACACUGACAAUGGCCGCUGGCUCUCUCCCAGCUACAGGACCAUCAUCCACAACAUUCAGAAAAUUCUAGAAGCACCGGCACUACUCAACAACUACAGAUUCCAGUAUCUGGUGAACACACACACAAAGAAUUCCUACCCUGUUCUCUCUGUGACUGAGUGGAUGUCCAUGCUGGGCUAUGACAUUAGGAGCCUGGCUCCCGAUGUGUCCUACACUGGAGAAAUUCGUCCAAAAAAGAAGGACACUGAUCUCUCUCUACUGCCGACGUCUUCUGCCUUUGAGUGUACAUUCCUUCAGGAUAUGGACAGCUUGCUGACUAUGUCCAUUGUUCCCAAAUCCAAACUCUCUCCCCUGCAGACCAGAAGAGAUGUGCGAUUUGCUGCUCUAGCAAGUAUCCUUGGUGAUGGAGUAACUCUGUCUUAUCGUAACGGUCGUGUAGAGGUUGGGGUCAUGGAAAAGACUCCUGAUUGGUCCAAACAACUAGCCCUGGUGCUGGUGAAUGGCUCCGAGAUUCUCGACUUGCAGUAUAUCAUCAAUGGCAAGGAUGUACAUUACUUUGUGAAACCAGAAAGUUCAAAGGCUGGGGAGGAUUUGAAAACUUUAGGGAUUUAUAAUGAUGAAAUCCGCUAUGAGAAUGGGCUCAAUGUGACAGUAAAGAGGCCUGCUCACAGAAAAACAGAGACCGACAUCAAGCUUCAUGGUAAGCAUUCCAUAAUCAAUAUUAGAUAUGGCACAACCUUAGAACUCGAAAGGCAGCGAGUUCUUAGCCACGCCAAAACGCGGGCAGUGAAUCAUGCCUGGAGGCGAGAAAAAUGGAUUCUUCAAAACUCUCUCACAUCGCAAUAUCAAUGGACUUCAUAUGAAGUGAAUGAAAUUCUGACCCAUGGGUCCGCAAGGGGAUACGAGGGUUGGUACAGACAAUCUCAAACCCCAACUCAGUAUCCAGAAUUAUCUGAUGACUGUAACAGCAUCAAACUUCAGAAAAGCAACAGGUGAUACACAUAGACUCUAUCCUUGUUAUCAAUUGUGAGUUAUUCCCAGUGAGGGUGCCAAACAAUCAGCUGGAAAGAUUCAUAGAAAGAAGAACAUUUCCAAAUUUUUAUUGAAGCUGAAAUUUGUAAUGAUAUUCCUAGCAUCUCAUAAUGUGUUGUGAUUUCUUACACAAACAGACACAAAUCAAAUUGUGCCAUGGAAAAAUAAAAUGACAUGAAUGUGCUUGAGCAAGAAUGGAGGAUUUCUUGUGGUGCUAUUGUGAGACAGGAUGAGAGUGUUAUUAUUGAUAUACAUGUGUGAUGUCAUAAAAUAUUUAUUUAUUAUCCAAUCAAAAGUAUGGAUACAUGAUCAUUAUCCAGUAUCUAAGACAUGUAUUCAUGAAGUUGUGAAAUAUUCCUGUUGGCGUACUUGAGGAGGUGGUUUAUCCAGGGGUACUUUAUGUUCCCACUGAACCCCUGUUUCCUUGGGUAUUGACUCAAUUAGACAGUGCUAUUUGUGUAUCAGUAUUGUGGACUAUGAUACAAAUGUUAUUUGUCAUAUCAAAACUGCUGACAUUUUCAUAAUAACAUAUACUAGUCACUUUCUAUCAUCACUAUUUUAAACUUGUAUAUGCUGGUCACUAUAUCAAGCUGAUGAUCAUGUGACUUAAAAGAUGUGUUUUCCCAUCCAAAUUUGCAUGUAUAAACGUUUUUCUUUUUAAGUAUCAUAUUUUGUAAUUUUUUAACUGUCCACUUUUAAAACGCUUAUAUGAAGUGAUGUAAUAUUUUAUGGUAUUUUAACUAGAUAGAAUUUUCUGAUCAGGGUCCAGGAUGACUGUUACACUGUUUUCCGCUACAGCUGUGCAAUAUUUAAGGAAAUCAAACUUUCCUUCUUCCAUUUGAUGAUGUUUUUUAAGUUUAUAUGCUAUGUUCUUCUCUGCAAUCCUGAAUGUUUGUGCAUUUUUACAUGUUCCUAUCAAAAACAUUAUGUUCAUUUGCAUGUGUCGAUACAAGGACACAAUCAUGGUUGAGUUCUUCCUCUACAAUUAAAUCGUGUGAGAUAUAUUAUGUACAUUUUGACUAAGACGGCAAGGGAUGCCCACUGUUAGUAAAACAAAUCUGUUCUUUUGUUUUUUAACUGUGAUAUAUUUUUGUUGCAGCAAACAAACUCAAUCUCUUCACCCGUAAUAAAACCUGAGCUCUCUAUCUAUGUGGGAUAGAAGUUUUCAUUUUUCUUUGUGUAACUUGUGCCAAACUUUAUUUUUUAAGCUCUCUCAAUAAAAACCUGUAAACUAGUCCCAUUAACUAAUGAUCACCUUGACCAUUGCAGAAUAACCACAAACCAUUAAAUGAUCUUAAUUAUUCUGCAAUGGGUUUAUCAUUGUCACAAAUAUAUGUAAUAAUAAAUGUUACAAGACAUAACAGUAUGUCUUAUGAUGUCAUAAAGCAGUUCUGUCAUGUCUCAUGAUGUCAUAAAGCAGUUCCAUCAUUAUGUCUAAUGAUGUCAUAAAGCAGUUCUGUCAUUAUAUGCUUUCUGUACAGACUCAUCAACACAUAUAUAUUAUACAGUUAAGAUACUCUUUAUUGCUGUCAAUAGGCUCUCCGUUUACAAAUAAAAAACAAAUGAACUAAUGAAA